AUGGCAAGUGGCGCGCUUGUGUUUCCUGUUGUGGCAAAUAAGGGAGGGGAGACGUCCUCCCCUGUCUCCACGAUCAUCUACUCGGCGAACAAGGGCCAAACGUGGGUGCUCCCGAAGGGGAUGCUCCCUACGGACUGCACUUCGUCCCUCCUCGCCGAGUGGGAGGCGGGGCAGCUUCUCAUGAUUGCCGAUUGUGCGUUUGGCCGCAGGGUGUUCGAGUCGAGGGACAUGGGGGCAAAGUGGGCGGAGACUGUCGGGACACUCUCGCGCGUGCGGGGUGAUUUUGAAUCAAACCCUUUGCAACGGGCUCGGCGUGUGACGUCCCUCACCACCGCGACGAUUGCUGGAACGAGGGUCAUGCUGUACACCCAGAAAGACUACCCACUCGGGGCGACGGCGGGGGCGAAGGCGCUCUUCCUUUGGGCCACCGACAACAACCCGACGUUCCUUGGUCUGUGCGCGCUGUGGCGUCAAGUACAUGAGGCUGGGGUCUCUAGUCCGCCACACUCGACGUCACCAUAA